UUGAAAAAUGUAUGUUUUAAGGAAGAAGUUUAGGCAUUAAUGUUGUAAGGAGGGGAGGGAGAAGAGUGUUUGUUGGAAAGAAGCAUGCCUCUCCAACAUCAAGCCAUGAAAUACAUGAAAGAAAAGCCUUCCAUUGUUAUUCCCUCAAAAACUCCACCUUCUUCAACUCCCUUAAACCAUCCAUACAUUUCACAAAUCCUCUCCACACCCAACUGGGCUCUGUUACUAAACCACCACCUCUUCUCAAACCCCCUCCUCCUCAACCCUCGCUCCGCCGUAACCGUCUUCCACAACCAACGCAAUGCCUCCCAUGCCAUCAAGUUUCACGCCUGGCUUUCGCAUGUCAACCCCGCACUCGCCACGCAUCCCUCAGUGCAACGCGCUCUUCUGAACACUCUGCACCUUAACGGCCCCGCGGUGCUGUCGCUCGAGUUGCUCCGUGACGUUCGCAAUUCCGGGUUUCGGCUCACCGAGGACCUGCUCUGCGUCUUGAUUGGAAGCUGGGGAAGGCUCGGUUUGGCAAAUUACUGUGCUCACGUUUUCGGUCAAAUCUCAUUCUUGAGUCUCACCCCUUCCACUAGGUUGUACAACGCUCUUAUUGACGCUUUGGUGAAAUCCAAUUCAAUUGACCUUGCUUAUCUCAAAUUCCAACAAAUGCCUGCGGAUAACUGCCGCCCCGAUAGAAUUACCUAUAACACCCUCGUUCACGGGGUUUGCAAGAUUGGCGUGGUGGAUGAGGCGCUUCGGUUAAUCAGACAGAUGAACGAUAAGGGACUUUUUCCUAAUGUCUUCACUUAUACAAUGCUUAUUGAUGGGUUUUGUAAUGCCAACAGGGUUGGUGAAGCAUUUGGGGUUUUCGAGAUGAUGAAGGAGAGGGGAGUUGCUCCUAAUGAAGCCACUGUGAGAGCGUUAGUCCACGGGGUUUUUCGCUGCUUGGAUCCAGGUAAGGCACUUGAUAUGUUGUUAUCUAAGUUUUUAGAUAGGAAGCUGGAGCAGGAGGAGCGUGCUCAUUUUAAGUUAGCUUGUGAUACUGUGUUGUAUUGCCUUGGGAAUAAUUCUAUGGCGAAAGAGAUGGCUGUGUUUCUGAGGGAGGUUUUGGGAAGAGGUUAUGCCCCUGAUAGCUCUAUUUUUAAUGUCAUAAUUGCUUGUUUGGUUAAGGGAGCCGAGCUGAGAGAGUCGUGUGACAUAUUUGAAACUUUGAGAAACCGAGGUGUGAAGGCAAGCACUGGUACAUACCUUGUACUUAUGGAGGCGUCGUAUAAAAGAGGAUGGAGGGAGGAUGGGGAUCGAGUUUUUGGUCAAAUGACCAGUGAUGGGCUAAUUUCUAGUGUUGUCUCAUAUAACAUGAUAAUCAAUAGUUUGUGCAAAGCCAAAUUGACGGAUAAUGCGUCAGAGGUUUUCAGAGAUAUGCAGGUUAGAGGUUUUGUUCCCAACCUUGUUACUUUCAAUACCCUUAUUAAUGGGCAUUGUAAGGAAGGAGAAAUAUUUAAGGCACAGGAGCUGCUGGAGAUGCUUUUAGAAACUGGGCUUAAACCUGAUAUCUUCACUUUUAGCUCUAUAAUUGAUGGACUCUGUCGAAUAAAGAAGACUGAGGAAGCUUUUGGAUGCUUUACAGAGAUGAUUGAGUGGGGCAUCACUCCAAAUGCCGUCAUUUACAAUAUCUUAAUUCGGUCUUUUUGUGCCAUUGGGGAUGUUGCAAAGUCAGUGAAACUAUUAGGAAGAAUGCAAAAGGAAGGAGUAAACCCUGACACCUACUCCUAUAAUGCUUUGAUCCAAAUCCACUGUAGGAUGAAUAAAGUUGAUAAAGCUAAAAGGCUUUUUUAUUCAAUGUCAAGAUCUGGCUUGAAUCCGGACAAUUACACUUAUGGUGCUUUUAUAGAGGUACUCUCUAAAUCUGGGAGAUUAGAGGAAGCCAAGAAGAUAUUUUACUCAAUGGAGGCAAACAGUUGCUCUCCUGAUUUGUAUACAUGUAACUUGAUUAUUAAAAUAUUGGUUCAGCAGAACUGUAUUGAAGAGGCACGAAGCAUCAUGGAAAGAUGCAGACUUAAGGGAAUAUCUUUAAAUUCUAUUCCUAAUUAGUGAGACUAAUUUCCUACUAAUUUCUCGGAUGCUACUAGAUUAUUGAGCUUUUGAAUAUGAUGAUAUCGAUUCUGGGUAUAGAGGUACCUCAGAUUAUAAAGCCCUGUUCAUAUGGAUAUCUUGUUAUAUAGUGGGACAGAAGAAUUAUUUGUGUUUAUGUAUGGAUGUACUUUUUUGCCAUUUCAACACCAACAGAAAAGAGUACAGUAAGGAAUUCAUUUUUUCUUCUUUAGUCGGUGACUCUUCAUCAUCGUUUUUAGAACGAGCUUGAUCUAGAGGCUGCUCUUCCGCCCUUCUUACAAAGAGCUUGAUCUAGAAGCUUUGAUGGACGUGGCUUGGUUAUCGUGUUAUACCAUACUUCUAGUCUUGCUAUGCUUAUCUUAUUAAUUGUGCUGUUGUUCUGGAGGCAACAAACAACACCUUUUUCCUCUGUUUCCUCCAUUAAUGGAUUAACAUUGAUCACCUUACAAACACCAACAUUAAACAGUGGAGGUUAUGUCAAAUCACCACAGCCAAGAGCUCCAUCUUUCACUUGUGACCCAUCCUGCACAUUGAAGAGCUCGAAUUUGAUGGCACUCUUGACUGGAAAACCUGGGAUACCAAAUUUUGUGGUUGUGGCUGUCGCUUAUGAUGUUAGUAGUUUUAUUGGACAGGGUUUAUAUUAGUUCUAAACUAAUAUUUGUUCUAGACUAUUAUUAGGGGUGUGUAUCAUACACGUAUCCCUUUAUCGAUGAAGUAUAACAUCUCUCUCUUGUCGUCCUUCUUCACUUCCAGCCCACCCACCCCAAAUAAUUUAAACUGGCUCCAUAAAGCUUUCCUCCUAAUAGCACUGGUCACUGGGUCCGUAUGCAGCUUGUUGCAUUUUCCUUUCAAUUUUACAUGGUAACAGUGAAUUACUUCUGUAGCAUAUUCGUGUAAUGAAUCUUCAUCUUCAAAGAUCACAUCUACAAAACUGGUUGAGUAUGGCCAGUUUCUGAAUUGCCUGAAUAAUUCAACUCCUUUCUCAAUUGUGGCUUUAUCGACCAUAAAGUCUUAAUGAUCAAUAUUUGAGUUGUGGUGGUCCUAACGAGACUGACCAUCCUGGUGCAAUAUUUCAGUCAUAAUGAAAUUCAAUUGUAUUCUUCCAUUCAGGUAAUUUUAUGUCUAACAAACAACAAUGGACAUGUUUGUUUCAUAUAUCUUUUUACCAUCCACUAAUGCUUUCGUCGUCCAUCUUUUAUGAUGUUCAUGCAUAAAUGUUAUGUUUGUACUAGCCUAGCGGAUAGUACUUGUCCAGUAACUAUGUUUUAUUUUUAUACCCUUUUUUCUUUUAUAUUUCACAAUGUAAUGGUAUUUGUUGCAAUAUAGUAAAACAUAGCGAGUAGAACAUCUAUCUUAAGUCAGUGAAAAACAAACUCUCUGUACAAUUUCUUUUGUUCGAAUCUUAUUUAAAUUUCAUCAAUUGAUGAUAUACAGAAAAAUGAUAGCUGAUUAUAUUCUCAACUCCCAAAUUUGCUAAAUUGUACUCUCAAAUCUUGGUUGCUUACUGAUAAGCUGUCGUUGAAGCUAUCAAAUUAAUACUACUUUUCAAGGCAACUUCAGUAUUGCCAAGUAGUAUUCAAGAAAGUAGACAGGGUUGAAGUAACCCUGAGUCGUCUCCCAACGAACACGGAAUUGCUUUUGAAUAUCUGACUCUUAUGAAUGCUAUGUUAUGCAAUGCUUAUGAAUAAAAAUGAUGUUUGGAGAAGGUUUAAAGAACAAAUAAGAAACUUAAAACAUUUAUGAUUAAAUAGGCUAAUUCCACUGCUUUUCCAAGAUAGAUUCAUCAUCGGUUAUUCACGGAUAAUUGUUCAAUUGAUUAUUGUUUAAGUUUCAAAUUAAUUAAAGUACAUUCUCAAUUAAUUUGAGGGCGAUCAUGCAUUUAACCAAAGUAAAUUCUCAAUCAAAUGCAAAACCUUUCUAGAUUAUUCAUAAUAAAUUCAACCAAAGUAUAUUUUCAAUCAAAUUCUAUUGUGUUUAAUCAUGUCUAUUCUUAAAUCUCCUAACCUAGUUAAAAGUUAAUCAAUCAAAGUAAAUUCUCAAUUGAUUAUAGUUGAAAUUAUUACUACCAAUCAAAGUACAUUCUCAAUUGAUAGUAAAAACCAUUUAAUCAUAUGAAAGUUCCUAAAUUAAAUCAAAGUAGAUUCUCAAUUUAAACCUAGAAACCCUAAAACUCAUAUAAUCAAUAUGCAUGUAGAUUCAAACAUAUUAUGAUGCAAAAAUCUUUGCUUUUAACAAGAUAGAGAGAUGAAAGACAUAGAGAAAGAACAACUUAAAUUAAUAAUCAAAAUAAACAAUUGCAUUAACUGAACGUAACCUCAGAAUCCGUCAUGGAAUUACAGUAGAAUAGCCCUAGAUGCUUAGCUCUCCAUGAAUGGAGUUGAAUAUAAGAUGAAAGAAAAGUGAGAGGAGUAUGAGAGAAUGUCUUAAGUGAAGUCUCUGGGUCUCUUUAUAUAGGGCUUGAUUGGGCUUGGACUCUGAGUAUUCAGUUGAUAGAAUCUUUUAUCUUAUAUCUUCCAAAUAACUAAAAGAUUUAGAUAAUUAUAACAUUAUUUGGAAGAUAUUUUCGAUUGAUAUUCCCAAAUUAAAUUAAUUCAACAACUGAAUUUUAUCUUUUAACUUUUCUGAAUUUUCAAAAUUGCACAAAUGCCCUGAAAUUUCCUCUAUCUGCACUUUAGCCCCUUCUGAGUUUCUGAAAUUGCAAGAAAGCCCCUCAGUUGACCAGACUUUGACCAGAGAAGGCUUGUUGACCAGCUUUGACCAGAGGAGGACGAACCAAUGAGGUGCUGACACGUGUCAGCCCCUUUCCCACCCAAAAUUAGGGUUUCAGAUUGGGGAAGGCUCGUGUGCCGCCGCGAGAACGAGAUCUUCUCUACGCUUUCGCCUUUGCGGUGGUGAUGAUGCAUUUGUCUCUGGGUUUUCUGAAUGCAGGUGCGUGUUGAUGAUGGGGAGCGGCGUCUAGGUGGCUGCCAUGGAGGAGCUGUGGUGAAGAUGAUGGAUGGUGGCGAAGGUCGCGGUGGCUGGUGCGACGGUUGCGCGUGGUGCGCGAGAAAAAUGACGCAUGAUUGAGGCGCUGUAAUGGCCGUUCUUGCGGCGGCUUUGGUGAUGAUUUCAGAGGAGCUUUGCAUGAUGAAGAUGGUUGUGCCAAGCUUUCGUCAAUGGAGGAGAGGCGCGAUGAAGAGUGGUGUUGCGGCGCGCCAUGGAGAUGCGAAGAAGAUGACGGAGGUUGCGGAUGAUGAUGCGCGACGGAGGCGGAGCGGCGGCGCGGUUGAUGGUGGCGGCCUGACCUGUAUCCGCGGCGACUAGCGGGAAUGGUGGUCGUGGAGGUUGCGGCAGCGGCGGAUGGUUUCACGGUGGCGGCACAUGGUGGCGGCUAGGGUUCUGCUGGAUUAGGGUUUCUCUGUUAGAGAAGACAGGGCUGACGUGGCAAGAGGCAUGAGGUGGCAUGUUCUGGUUGGCUAAAUCUGUGUGGAGAGGAUUUGGACACGUGGCAUGAUCUGGUGGAGUCUAGCUUAGGAGGGGUAUGGGUAAGGAAAUUUAGGGGGUGUAUUUAGAAUAGGGUUACUGUUUGGCUUAGUAUUGGGCCUGUUUAAGAGAAGAGGGGUGUAUGUAGGGAAAUUGGGAGGUGCAAGGGUAAAAGUUGUCUGUUUGGCCCAUCUGUACAUUAUUUUCCAAAUAAAACCUGAUUUUGGGCCUUGAAUUGCCA